AUGGAAAUAAAGGAAGUAAUAUCUUUAUUUGAUUAUUUUUAUAUUUUAUUUGAUGAUUAUAUCGUAAAAAAUACAAAAGGUGUUAAUAGUUAUGAAUCCAUUUUUCAUAAGAAAGAAUUUGUAGAAUUUUUAAAAUUAGAUUCUAAUGUAAAAAUAAAAAAGAAAGAAAUCAUAAGUAAUAAAGAUGAAAUAAUUGAUGAAUUAAUAUUUGCUUUUAAGCAUUUAGGUAAAUAUAUAAAUAGAUGUGAUAUGUUUUCUAAAAAUGAAGAGUUAGAUGACAUAAACACGAAAUAUUUAAAAUUUUUGUUAAUCCCAUUUAUAUUGGGUUUUUUAACUUAUGAAACAAUAAAUAUUAACAUACGUUUUGAAAGAUUAAAAGAUUCCAAAUUAUAUUUUCAUGAGUACAUUAGUUUGAUAAAUAUUUAUAAAAUAAUUAAAAUGGAUGAUUAUUUAUUUGAUGACGAUAAUGUAAACUUAGUGAAUAGAAGAAAUAUAAAAAUAAAAAGAACAAAAGAUGAAAAAAAAUAUCAAGAAAUGUUUGAGGAAAUAUUUAAAAAUAAUUUAAAAAAUAAGAAAGGUGAUGAUAUUGAUGAUACUUGUGACGACAACAGAGAAAUGUAUAUAUCUCUCAUAAAGUGUAAAUUUAUACAAACAUUGAAUAUAAUUGAUUUAAUAGAUACUGAACUACAGUUUUUGGAAAUAAGAAAUAAUGAAAAAGAAAAAAACGAAAAUGACAAAAAUUCUGAUGUAAAAAAAAAUCAAGUAAGAAAGCCUUGGUUUUUUAGUAUUAAAAAAAAAAUGCAAUUAUCUGAUGUUACUCAAAUUAGAAACUAUUAUAAAGAUUUAGUUUUCAAACCUUCUCAUAACUUACCAACUAUUUCAUUAGAUAAGUGCGCAAAAAUUGAAAUGGAAUAUUCUUUAGAAGGUACUAAUGAUAAAAAUCAAAAAAUUGAUGAAAAUGAAAAUGAUGAAAGUCAAGAUUUAAAAAAUGAUAAAAAUGAUGACUAUUAUAAAGAAUGUUCAAAAAAAGAAAGAGAAAAAGAAAUUUUUGAUAAAGAAUGGGAUGAUUGGAAAGAUUUGCACCAAAAAGGUAUAGGUAAUAAAAAUAGAAAUAUCGCCUAA